AUGUCUGGUUACAUCUCGCGUGAAGAUUUAAACAAAGAUGAAGAACCUAACCUACCAUCCGGUUUGGUUAGAAAAUACAAAGUAUUUCGCGACGAAGAUGCACCGGUAAUUUUCGAUGUAAAUGAAGAAUUAAAGAGGAUCGAACUCGGUGAAUUGAAUAUUCAGGAAGAAGAUAAAGAUCCUUACGAAGGAAUAAAUUUAGAGCACGGUGUAAAUGGAGUUUUUGAUAUUGAAGAUCUUGUUGAAUUAUUAAAGAAAGACAAUGCUAGGCAGAUUUUUGUUGCAACAGUUCCUAAAGAAUACAGCUACGUUGAUUACAUUGUAGUAGCCUCAGGAAAAUCUACUAGACACUUGCAUGCAUUGGCUACGUUUGUACGUAAAAUAUAUAAAAUAAAGAGGCAUAAAAAUGAUACCAUUCCUAAAAUAGAAGGAGAAAGUUCUAAAGAUUGGAUGGCAAUGGAUCUAGGCAACAUUGCGCUUCAUCUAUUGACUCACGAAGCAAGACUGAAAUACGACCUGGAAACUCUUUGGUCAGUCGGUUCCCAAUACGAUGAUAUUAGUAACAAAAAAGAUCAAGAUUUAGAUCUCAUGGAUAAAUACAGCGCUUUCUUAAGAAAUCUUCAACCAGCUGAAUAA